ACAUGUUGGUAAAUGGAUAAUACAUGUGCCGAUAUUACUUUUAAAAAGUGAACGAAAGUUGGCAAGUUUAUCCAAAGACUCAAGUGAAGCUAUCAAAAUAAUGUAAUGUAAGUUAUAUUGUAAGUAGUUGUACAAAUUUGGCUUACAUUAAGUAAAUCUUGAACAAAGAUUAAAAUUUAAUCAUAUGUUGGUAAGCCCAUAUGUCAUAUGUGCAUAGUAUAGUGUAUAUAUUUUUUAACAAAACUAUGACUAAAAUUUUAAAUCAUGACCUGUGAGUGUGUCACACUUGACGCGCACUGCCACUAAAAUUAGCAGGAUAAUUGAUGAUUGAAUGUGGGUUGACUUGAACUUGUCUUGAUCAUUGUCUUGACAAUAUAAGAGAUUACCUAUAAAAUUGUAAUAAUGUAAAUGAUUAAAGUAAAUGUGGUACAGUCACAGUGUGAUAAGUGUGUGACAUAUUAGACAUAUUCAUGUAUUUUAUAAAACUAUUAUAAUAUAUUAAACUAGAUAUAGCCCGCCAAACAUUGGCCUUGGCGACAGCAAUGCGUGAACUUCCCAUCUACUAAAGUUACUUGAGAUAAAGUGAACUCAAGUUAGGCACAUUUAAAAAUGUCAAUUUUGCCACACCCCUUCCCCCCCCCCCACCCACCCUUUCAUGAUACCUCACUGCACACUUUUUAUUUCAUGCCCUUGACUAUAUUAAUAUUCUCAUGUCCCCACCACUUUUAAACUGAAUAUUUUUACACAAUACUGUCAAUACUUAAAUUGAGACCAUUUCAUUUCCGUAAAAAAAAAUAUUACGCACCCACCAAACGCAAUUGUGUUAUUAAAAAUAUAUAUAUAUCAUUUAGCAUGGUUAUCGGGAAUUAUAUUUUGCGCCCUAGUUAACUCAUUAUUGAACCACACUCUGGCGCAUCUAUAUCUAGCCGCUUGGUGGUGUUUGACCUUUGCUGGCGAAUUAUAUAUACAGAUAGAUAAAUGAUGCUUAAUUAUAAUUAAAACUUAAUGGACUUGGGUAACAUGAGUAAGAAUUCCCCCCAAAAACUGUAUAAGUUAGUGUUAGCUGUUUCAAUUUAUUUAUUAUAAUUUAAUUUAACUAGCCUAUUUAAUUUCUUUAAUGACAUGACCUUAUCCUUAGCCUUAACUAAGACUAAGCCAGGCCAUUAUUAUUUAUUAAACAAAUUAUAGGUCAUAACCAUAAGGUGUAACACUCAUAAAAAUUAAGUCAUACCAACAUAAAUCACAGUCAGAUUUGUCCCCUAUUUACAACUACUGUCUGUUUUAUGAAGUGAAUAACAUACUAUUUUUUUAAUCCUUGUACUUGUAGCAACAAAACAGUUAUUUUAUUAUGAAUGUUACAAAUCAUCUCACAUGCACAAACAGUGUUUCAGGCAUCCCGCCAGGCAGUUGCUGAAAUAUUGCUAUACUAUGUUUAAUUUAUUUGAUGAUUCAUAUAUUUAAGUCUAAUCAUGUUACAGGUCAACACUGCCAACAGUAUUCAAUUAUAUUUUAUAAAUUAAAAAUAUAGUUUUGAAAAUAGACCGCUCCUCAGUAUAAUAAUGCAUAAACUUAAGUUUUACUUCACUUUGUUCGCAUAGUUUGGUAUUUUUAUUUAUAUAUUUUUUACAACCUCAUUAGUUUAAAUACUUGUCAUAACAUGGUAUUAAACUACCUUUACAUCAAUAUAAAGAGUGUAUAAUUUUAAUAUAAUUUUUGCUAAGUAUCAAACAUUGGCAACCUCUUUUCAAAUUAUAUUUCAUUAUUAAAUAUUAGCUUUUAAAGUAGAGUAGCAUGUUAAUUAUAAAUCGUAUGAUGACAUAGUCUGUAUACACAAAUUUUUCAUUCAUCUCGGUCCUAUAUUUUCCUUUUCCAGGUGUAUCCCAGUCUUUGUGUGUCUGCCUCUAUCUUGCGUCUACAUGUAUUCUUAAGCUUUGCUCUGUUUUUCCCUGGGAAUUGGUGAUGUUAUUAGGGUGUUUGCAGAGAGUUGACUCUAUCCACCUCCAUCUUUUCCUUAUGAUGUCUUCAGCAUUAGGCCCCUGGUAUGUCCUUUUCAUUAAGUAUUUUUUGGUGAUGGUGUUUGGCCAUUUGAUGUUCAGGAUCUUUCCAAGGCAAGUGUUAAUGAAGGUCUUUACUUCCUGUGUAAUGCUCGCUGUUGUUCUCGGAUCCUUAGAGAAGGAUUGUUUUUGACAUUUGUGUUGAAAAUUCUGACUUUUGUUUGCAGAGUCAGCUCCUUUGACUUCCAUAUUUUCUUUAAUGGCAGGCACUAAUGCUGACCUAGCCUUUCCAAUUCUAGUCCUGACAUCCACUUCGGAUCCACCAUUUAUGUCAGUGGUGCUGCCUAAGUAUGUGAAGGCGUGCACUUGUUGUAUUUUAGUCUUUGCAGCUGACUUUUCCCAGUUAUUCUUCAGUUUUAGCUUGAGGCUCGCCCAAACUAGAUUGCGAUCAGAUGCAACAUCAGAUCCUCCUUUUGCUUGUACAUCUUGUACAGACUCUCUAAAUUUUUUAUGAAUACAUAUAUGAUUGAAUUGGUUUGUGUUUGAUUGUUAGGGGACACCCAAUUUACCUUGUGGAUAUUCUUAUGCUGGAAUUUUCUGCCCCCAAUAAAGAGCUCAUUUGCUGUUUUUAUUUCUCUCUCCUAUACCAUGGCCACUCAUACUUUCUUCGUAUCCUCUGUUUUCUUUUCCAAUCUUAGCAUUUAGAUCUCCCAUUAAGAUAUUUAGAUCUCUACCUGGAAAUUUUUCCAGUAUGGCUCGUAGUCUAUUGUAGAAAGCUUCUUUUUCUUCUUCUUCCUAUCGGUGAGUGCAUAGCACUCAUUACAUUCAUAUUUAUUUUCUUCUUCUUGAUUCAGAAUGCUGCUGUAAUAGUUCUUGGACCAUGGGCUUCCCACCUUUCAGCACACUCAAUUUCUACUUCCUCCUCUUCUCACGCUGAUCAAUGUAAAGGUACUAGGUUGUAUCUAAGCUUGUGCCAAAAGAUGACUCUGAGGUGUUCUGUAAAUGGAACAAAUUCAGUUUGUGUAUCGCAUUAGGCGCCAUAAUGCCUAAUUUGCAUACUGAUAGAUGCCCUUCCUUCCACCCCGAAUGCUUUAAAAAUCCUUUUCUCUACUCAAAUUGUCUAAUAGAACAACUGAGUGUAAAAAUGCACCUCUGGAUUUUGAAAUAUUCAAAAAAAUAUGAACACCCACCCCCCCUUUUCCCCCCCAUAUCGCUCAGGAGCCAUUGGCACCCUUGGUUUUUUCCCCACUUCCCAAUAAAAAUGACAGUAUAGCUGGCCCUGGUCAUAAUUUUGGCACUGAUGACAGACUGCCUAGUUGCGUAGCUAGUGUAAGGCUUCCCUGGGUGAGCCGAGAGUUUUUGCAGCACUUCCUUCCAUUAUAUAAACUCUGCAGUUGUCUGAAAAUGCAUCAUCAUCAUUUUUUAAAGUAUAAAUUUGUACCUGUAAUAUUACAGGUACAAUUUUAAAAAUGUGUGCUUCUUAUUAUAGACUAUAGAGCAAAGUAUAACAGUAACAAUAUCAGUUGUAAAACAAAAGUUAGCAAAAAAUGUAUUGGAAAAAAUACUCAGAUCAAACAAAAAAAAUAGCAAUAUUAUCUCUAAAACCUUUAUAACAACGGGUAUGGAACUAACACUUGAUCAUGCAAACAUUAUUCAAUCUAUUUAAACAAAUUAUAUUGAUCAUGCCACUUAAUUAGAUAAAGAUUAAUUUAAGUUGUAUACAUUUUUUUUAAUUUACCUCUAUCUGCAGGCAAGCGCAAGGACAAUGCUGAUGCAGGCACUUAUCAAAAUUGAGAAAUUCAUGUAGUUUUUACAAAAUCUUAUACUUAUUCAAUACAUGUUCAUCACAACAAUUGUGAGAGCUCCUGGCUUUUCUUUCUGUCCUAGACGGGAAGCUUUUUUAUUUUUAAAUCAUACACAUCAUUGUAGUUUUAGUCUGGCCAUAAGUAGUUCACAACAAAGGAAACAUCCGAGUAGGAAGAAAAUUAUGGCAACUGAUUUUUCCAAAGUAACAGAAAUCACGGAAGGUCGAGCUAAGGUAAUUUUACCGGAGUCUGUAUUUUAUAAUCCUGUGCAAGGGUACAACAGAGAUUUGACCAUUGCAGUCAUCUCUGAGUUUGCCAGCCAGCACAUUGAAGGGAAGCAAAAAAAAAUUAACAAAAGCAUUUGCAACCCUACCCAAGCUGCAGACCAUGAUGUGAAAGAAGGUCCACAGAAUGAUGAAAUAGAUAUAAAGAAUUUAGAGGCUGGAAAGAAAUAUGAAAAUGGGAUUACCAUUUUUGAAGGACUUGCAGCAUCCGGACUUAGGUCUGUUAGAUUCGGUCUUGAAAUUCCUGGUGUUAAGCAGAUCAUUGCUAAUGAUUUUGAUCAGAAUGCUGUUCAAUUCAUAGAGAAAAACAUAGAAAGCAAUGAGCUUGGACAUUUGAUGAAAGCAAAACAAGGUGAUGCUGCAAUGGGCAUGUAUGAACACCGGUCCAUAGAAGAUCGAUUUGAUGUGAUAGACUUGGAUCCUUACGGGAGUCCAACAAUGUUUCUUGAUGCAUCUGUUCAGGCAGUAUCCGAAGGAGGCUUGCUGUGUGUUACUUGUACAGAUGCUCCUGUGUUAUGUGGCAAUGCACCUGAAAAAUGCAAUGCAAACUAUGGUUCCAUCUCACUACGUUCAAAGUUCUGCCAUGAGAUGGCUUUGCGAAUCAUUCUUCACAGCCUAGACACACACGCUAAUCGUUAUGGGAGAUAUAUAGUUCCCCUUGUUUCUUUAAGUAUAGACUUUUAUUUUAGAGUGUUUGUCAGGGUGUACACGGGACAAAAGCAGGUAAAACAUUCAGCUGUCAAAAAAGCGAUGGUGUUUGAAUGUGUGGGGUGUGGUUCUCACACAUUACAACCAAUGGCAGUUGCAUUGCCAGCCAAAGGUGAAGGGAACUUCAAAUUUAUACCAGGAAAUGGCCCAGUGGUACCUCAGCUUUGUCAUCACUGCGGGCAUCAACACAGAAUGGGCGGCCCUGUGUGGUCUGCACCACUGCACGACACAGAGUUUUUGAAGAAGGUUAUUGAAAGGGUCGUGUGUGGCUCACACAACUUUGCAACAUCUGAUAGGAUUUGUGGGAUGUUAAAUGUAGCUUUGGAGGAACUGCCAGAUGUACCAUUGUUCUAUGUGCUGGAUGCUGUCUGUGGCGUGCUGCACUGCCGUGCUCCAACCAUGAAAACUUUUAGGUAGGUUAUUAAUAAUCCUGUACCCAUAAUGGCAAAGUUAAAAAAAAAAAAAUAAUUAAAUUUGAGAUCAGUUAAUAAGUUAAUGUAACUUAUUAUUUGAUGUGAUAAUUGUUGGUGCAUUUUUAUGGAAGAGUUACCAUUUUUGUAAAGUCAGGAUAAGAAUAUUUUCAAUAUACCAUUUAUCAUUCCAACCAUUUUUCUGUUUCAGGUCAGCCAUACUAAAUGCUGGAUAUAAUGUUUCACUGUCUCAUGCAGCUAAAAACUCAUAUAAAACUGAUGCUCCAGCAAAGCUAGUUUGGGUAAUAGCUGUUAAGAUGUUUUUGUGUGUUUUUUUUGUCUAAAUAAAUAUCAAUACAAGUACAAGCAUUGAUUUGUUUAUUCUGUUUAUAUCCUUUUUAAAAAAAAUAAAAAAAUUGAUGUCACCCAAAUGUUAUGGUUUAGAGAAGCAUACCAAUUUAAACAAGUAGUGUGAAGCUUUAUUUAAGACUAAAUACAUUAAAGAAUGUUUGGGCUAAGACUUAGAGCUGACAAAAUCUUCAGAUUUUUUUUUUAUCUUCUUAUCUACUGAGUAAAACUUUACAACAUUCUAACCAUCUUCUGAUUACUUAACCUACAUUUAUCUGUAUUUUACCAGGAUGUGAUGCGUUCAUGGGUAAAAAAUAACCCAGUGAAUGAAAAGAGGUUGACUCCUGGCUCAGUGGCUAAAGCGAUUCUGGAUCAGCAGCCAGAAACUGAAAUAUUGUUCACAGAGCAUCCAUUAGCUAACCCAGAGUCACGAGAGAAAGGGCUUCUUCGCUGGCAGACCAACCCUGAGCCUUACUGGGGCCCAAAAGCCAAGGCAAAAAGAACGAUAAAUCCUGACCUAACUGAGAAGCGUGCUGCUAACCAAGGCAAAUCUAAGAAACAUCGGGUAAAGGAAUGUUUGUCGAUAAAAUCAUUUGUUUUUGUAGAUACAAUGAAUGUAAAUGUAACAUUUGUUAAUCAUAUGCCGUGCUUAAACUUGAGAUAUCUCACUUUUCAAUUGUCAAGAAAUUGAAUUUUUUUAAAAUUAAUUGUAUUUGAAUUUAAUAAUUAACUUGUUAGAUAGGGAUAAUAAAGAUGUCCUGAUGAAAACAGUAAGGACUGACUGUAUCAUCGGACUUUAUCAGUGGAUCUAUAUUAUUUUAACAUUUUUUUUUUUUUAUUUCAGGUUGAGGCCACAAUAGAAAUGGAUACAUAAUCUUAUUUUUUUGCUAGAUAAGUUCAAAUCACAUUGGGAAAUACAUUAAUUAAAUGUACUGUACCAACACAUAUCUUUAUUCUUUUAUGUAACACCAUUUUUCUGGCUGGCAAAUAAAGAUCAAAGAGCAACUAGA